GUUUCCUCUCUCGGCUUAAGGAGCCUCGCGGCUUCCUCUUUCGGUCCCUCCGGACUCCUCCCUCGCUCGCUCGGCCCGCAGAAACUCCGCUCCGCCAGCCGCCAAUGGCCGGGACGAGAGCGAGAGGAGGAAGCGGAGCGGAGCCGCCCUUUUCUGGUUCUCCAGCCCCGGAGAUCGUCGGAAAGCCAUCCGUUCAGGCCGCCUCCGACUCCCCUCGCAAGACGAAGCUCCGAGGAUGGGGGUCACCCAGUCCCUGGGCUUGCCGCACGGGAAAGGCGCCUACCCGGUCGGCUGCACCGACGUGAUGGUGGGCCGAGCCUCUCAGGGCCUCUUCUUCCGCCUGUUCUACCCCUGCAUCCCUCAGGAUGAGGCUGAGCAGCCCUCCUGGAUUCCCCGCUACGAAUAUUACUCCGGACUAGCUGACUACAUGAGCUUAAAUAGGAAAUUGUUUGCUCCACUUCUCAGUGUCACAUUUGGAUCGUGUAGGAUCCCCGUGAACUGGGAUGCACCUUUUAGACCCAGGUCCCACAAGUAUCCAUUAAUCAUCUUCUCCCAUGGACUAGGAGCCUUUCGAACCGUAUACUCAGCCAUAUGUGUUGAGAUGGCUUCUCGAGGGUUUUUGGUGAUGGCUCUUGAGCACAGAGACCGAUCAGCAUCUGCUACUUAUUUUUACAAGCUGGAUCCAGAAGCAUCAGAUUUCCCCGAGACUCAGAUGCAUGAAGAAUGGCUCACGUACCGUGGGGUACCAAAAGAUCAGAAGGAGUUUCGCUUCCGGAAACAGCAGCUCCAUCAAAGAGCCAACGAGUGCAUACGGGGACUCAAGCUGAUCCGAAGUAUCAACAGUGGUAAGGCCGUUGUGAACCUCCUGCACACUGAUUUUGACCUCUCUGUGCUGAAGGACAAUGUGGAUCUGACCAAAGUCGUCGUCAUGGGCCACUCUUUUGGAGGAGCAACAGCCGUGCUAGCCCUUGUUAAAGAAGCCCAAUUUAAAUGCGCUAUUGCCCUUGAUGCAUGGAUGUUCCCUUUGGAGAAUUCUGUCUACCCGAAAGUGACCAAGCCUGUACUUUUUAUCAACACAGAGUCAUUCCAGACUGCAGAAAGCGUGGCCAAAAUGAAAAAAAUCACCACCACCAGCAGCGAAACCAAGAUCAUAACAAUCCUGGGUUCUGUCCACCAGAGUCAGACUGAUUUCACCUUCUUUGCGGGGAACCUUGUCAACCGGGUCUUCAGAACAAGAGGUACCAUUGAUCCCUAUGAAGGCCUGAAUAUCACCAACCGGGCUGCUCUCGCUUUCUUACAAAAACAUCUCCAGCUCAAAGAAGAUUUUGACCAGUGGGAUAAUCUUCUGGAAGGCAUUGGUGACUUGGUGGUUCCGGAUAGUCCCCUGACAAAGUCUAGCCUCUAGGCAAGAAAUAUCUCGCCCCCAAAUUGUUUUGGGGAUCUUCUGGGUUUGGGGGUUUUUUCCCUUCCUUUGAAGGGAUGGAAAGCACCCUUGGUGCAAAAUUGUUCUCCAGGUGCUGGACAUUCUGCAGAAUUGCUCUUCAUGAUGAUGGACAUUUUGCUGAGAUCUCCUGCUGUGACGGCUCCUCUUCUUUAGGAAGCUUCUGCUGCCUAGAAACGUUUUGAGUUUCCUUAAAUAUACCUCUCGUUCCGCCAGGACUACCUCAAGGCCUUAAAAAAGGGAAGAAUCUCAUUGUGAGUGAAGAAAUCGAAAUAAGUUGAGGAGGUGGGGGGGGUGCAAUCCUCAGGGAAUUUCCUUGCACUUUAAAGUAAAAUAUAGCAGGAAAACAGCAUAGAUAUUUACUAUAGAUUCUUGAUAGCAUCCUUGUCUAACUUGCAUUCCAGCAACCAGAGAAGGAAGGACUACCAUGGUCUAAAGCUGCUAAUUACAAUUAUGAAGCUGGACUGAGAAGAUUGCUCCUUUCUAACUAUCUUGCAGGGUAGGAAGAAGGAAUAUACAAUCUUGGCAUGAUGUUGUGUCAUGCCUAGCCCAAGAACAACAGGGAAACAGUCCAGCCAAAUUCAUUUGUUUUAUUGCUUACACCAUAUAGGCAGAA